AUGGAUGUAAUGUCUCCCCAACUCAUGUGGAUUGGCACGCGGUGCUACAGAGUGAAUCAUACCAAAAUGCCCAAUUCUGACGACCAAGAGUUGUCCGAACGACCGCAAGGCUACGUAGAAGACGAUAUUUAUGGUGAUGAUCGUGAAGAGGAGGAAUACGACAUAGAACUGAACGAGGCGGGGAAAUUUCAAACGGCUUUCCACGUGCCAGCAGCGUUCUACGCAAUGAUCAUCGGAGCAAAGGGACAAACGCGCCAGCGGCUGGAGGCUGAAACGAAGGCACAAAUAAAGGUACCGAAGCAAGGCACAACUGGCAACAUCGUGAUAACGGCCACCACCCGAAAGUCGGUUGCCGCUGCUCGGUCUCGCAUUGAGCUCAUUGUAAUCGGUGCUCGAAACAAGCAGCAAUUCACACACUUUCUCUCCGUGCCGCUUAAUAAUCCGGCAAUCAUGAAGCGAUUUAUUGAUUUCCGCGAGAAACUUCUGACCAAACUUCCGCCAGCGUUUCGUGUUGAUGAAUCCUUGUUUCAACAACCGGAAAAACUGCACAUAACCCUCUGCACGUUAAGUUUGAUGGACAACGAAGACCGGGCGAAUGCGGCGCAGGUCCUGCAAGAUUGUCAGGAUGCUAUCAUUAGCCCCCUGCUAAAAGAAAACGGUCCAAUGGAAUUGCGUGUACGCGGGUUGGAAUACAUGAACGAUGAUCCGCAUGCCGUUGAUGUACUGUACGCCAAAAUUGAAUCCCCAACGCUGCAAAGUAUCGCGGAUCGUAUAUACGAGUACUUCAUUUCCAAAGGGCUGAUGCAGCGUAAAUAUGACCACGUCAAACUGCACGCCACGCUCAUCAACUCGCUGUUCCGCACAUCCAGCGGUGACAAUGUGGACGAAAAAGAGGCGGAACGACGAAGGAUUACCUUCGAUGCCAGUGAAAUACUGCGGCUUUACGGUGAUUUCGAUUUUGGCCAGCUGACGGUGAACGAAAUCCAUCUCUCCCAACGCUAUUCUACGUCCUGCACCGGCUUCUACGAGGCUACCGCCACCAUCAAGCUGUGAAUGAACAAAUAAUAAAAACGGAAACCUCAUGCACAGUGUGCGAAAU